AUGACUUCCAUGGAAGCUGAGAGCGUUGCGACUAUCGUGUGUACUUCGAAGCAAACACGCUUUAACAUCGGAACUCUAAACUAUCGCGAGUUAGAUAUCGAAGGCCUAAAUAUAAUCGUCAAGUCUGCACCUACGCCCGGCGCCAAAGGCAAGGCAAAGGCAAAGGCAAAGGGCGAGGGCACCGAGAUCCUUAGCAAUGCUAAGCUGAGGAUCAAAGCUGGCCAGCGGUAUGCGUUGAUCGGAAGGAAUGGCACUGGAAAAUCAACGUUAUUAAAAGCGAUAGCGGAAAAACUCAUACCAGGCAUCCCAGAAGAGACGCGCAUAACUAUCUUGCAGCAGACCGGUGUUGAAGAUGACAAUGCUGACGAAGGGCCGGUCCCGGCUCCCAGUAAAGGUGAAGGUGAAGGUGAUGGUCUUACUGUACUGGAGGAAGUUAUUGAACGAGCGACGGCUAAACAGGAGGUGCAGAAAGAGAUCAACAUCUUAUCAAACGGCGUCGACGGCGUCGAUCCCUUCGGAGCCCUAAGGGCCUUCCGGAAAAUCCAUCACGAACGCCUGCAAAAGGAGUUAUUCCUCAAGGAUAAAGAUGCCAGACUCCGCAGCGGCGCGAGAGGAAUGCAAGCCAGGAAAUCCCUAGUCGCUAUGGAGAAGAAAGCCGCCGAGUUCCAGCGUGAGUACGAGCAGAAAGACGAGGAUAUUUCACCAGAAACGCUUGCGGACGAGACCAGCAGAGCCGCCGACAUGCUUGCCGAUCUCCAGCUGCAGGUUGAGCCGGAGAAACUGGCCGAAACCGAGUCGAAAGCAAAGAAGAUCCUCGCAGGUCUCGGGUUCGCGGAACCUCGCAUGGCGCAACGCGUUUCGAGCUUAUCCGGCGGCUGGAAGAUGCGGACGGCCCUAGUGGCGGCCCUGCUACAAGACACAGACAUAUUGAUCCUCGACGAACCGACGAACUUCCUCGAUCUCCUCGGGAUAAUCUGGUUGCAGCGGCACCUCGCAGCCCUCGCCGAGUCCUCCGCUCCACCCACCCUAAUCCUCGUAUCCCACGACCGGGACUUCAUCUCCUCGGCAUGCACGGACCUGCUCAUCCUCAAGGACAAGGACCUAACGGCCUUCCACGGGGACCUACCAGCAUACGAGUCUUCCCGCGCGGAGAAGAAAGCGCACCUGACGAAGAUGAAGGAGGCGCAGGACAGGCAGAAGGAACACGUCCAGCAGACGAUCCGGCGCAACAUGCGCGAGGGCAAGGCCAGGGACGACCAGAACCGCAUCCGCCAGGCCAAGUCCCGCCAGAAGAAGCUCGACAACCGGUGGGGGCUCGAGGUCGGCGCGCGCGGCGGCCGCUUCAAGCUCAACCGUGACCUCGCGGGGUACCACGCCGCGGCGCGCGCCGACGUCGAGGUGCCGCGGGACGAGAGGCGCGUCCGGCUCGCGCUGCCAGAGCCGGCGGAGCUGAGGUUCCCCGGGGCCCUGAUUUCGCUGGAGAAGAUGUCGUUCCGGUACGCGGGGGACGGCGCGGAAGGGAACGCGACGACGCCCCUCGUGCUGAAAGACGUGAGCCUGUCCGUGGGCAUGGGAGACCGCGUCGGGAUCCUCGGGCUCAACGGCAGCGGCAAAUCCACGCUCGUCCAGCUCCUGGCGGGAGAAGCGAAAGCACCAAAGGGGGGAGCAGUGACGAAGCACCCCCGUCUAAAACUAGGCUACUACGCGCAGCACGCGGUCGACACGCUGCGGAAACUCGGCCAAGCGGACCCGGAACUCACAGCGCUCGGCCUGUUAAUGAAAGAAGCUAGUGGUGAACGACAACAUCAACAAGAAGAGCAGCAGCAACAGCAACAGGAAGAAAAAGGAGAGGGCGAGUUCAGAGCGCUCCUCGGCUCCCUCGGCCUGCCGGGCCGUCUGGCCUCCUCGGUGCCCCUGCGCGCGCUCUCGGGCGGGCAGCUGGUGCGGGCGGAGCUAGCGCGGAUCAUGGCGCGCGGGCGGCCGCAGUGCCUGGUGCUCGACGAGGUGACGACGCACCUGGACUACGAGACGGUGGCGGCGCUGCGGGAGGCGCUGAGGGGGUGGACGGGCGCGGUGGUGCUAGUUAGUCACGACCGGUGGUUUGUGAGGGGGGUGGUGGAGGGGAUUACGGAGGAUGGAGAAGAUAGCGAGGAAGAAGGAGAGGGUGAAAGAGUAGGAGUAGGGGAGACGAGAGGGAGGAGGGUUGUGUAUAGGUUGAAGGCGGGGGUUAUGAGCGUGUUGGAAGGGGGGGUUGGGGAGUUUGAGAAGGGGGUUGAGAGGAGGGUGAGGAAGAUGGAGAGUUUGUAG